GCUGGGUACGUCUGGAACUGGUACUGCGCAUCCGUACAGAAGUUUGUUUUUUUUGCACUACGGUGGACGCGGAGCAGAUAACUUGCUAACACGCUUGGAGUCGGCGCCCGGCGACCGAGACGGCGACCGCAGCCAUGUCGGAGGAGAUCCCGUCGAUGUUCCGGCUGCUCUGCUCGCCGAUGAAGCUGGAGCGUGACCGGGCGCUGGACGUGCUGACGCGCCUGCUGCCGGCGCUGAGCCAAGCAGAGGUGGACCGCCUGCUAACAGAGGCCGCCGCCGGCCUGGACGACCAGGAUGGCAGCUGGCACGCUCACCUCGGCUGCCUCGUCUGCAUCAGCACUGUCCUGGAAGUGCGUCAGACCCAGCUGCCCACAGACAUGCUGGCACAGAUCCUGCAGCUCUGUCCCAGUUACCUGGCCCAUUGGGGGAGGCCAGGGGUUGCGCGGGAGCUGCUGGCUGGCUGUGCCGCCUGCACGUCAGGUGAUAUACCAGAGCGUGAAGGGACGCUGGCCUCGCUGAUGAUGAGCAGUCUGCAGGCGGCCGAGGACGACCAGGACAAGUGGGAGACCAGCUCGACCACAUCCCGCGACUCGGCCGACGUGUUCGCCAACACCACCAGCUGGACGGUGCUGGAGACCUGCCUGCGCGCGCUGGAGCGACUCAUCGUUGCCUCGCGCCUACUGGUGACCCAGGACCUGCUGGACCUGGUGCUACCCACGCUGAGCCACAGGAACCGGUUCGUGCGCGAGGCCGGCUACGGCUGCAUCGCCGCCUUCCUGCCGCCGGAGAACCCGGGCCCGGAAAAUGACCGCGACUCCUGCGGGGCGUACGCGUUCGGCGACCAGCUGUCGGCGGCCGUGGCCCGGGGCCUGGACGACAACUGGAGCAGACCACUGACCCCCUCCGGCGACGGCCGCUGCGUGCGGAUGGCGGCGUCGGUGGCGGCGCGCCGCUUCCUAUGCGGCCUGACUCCGGAGGAGAGGGAGCGCCACCUGCCCUCCCUGCUGCCCCGCAUCUGCCUCAGCAGGUGCGGCCGGCCGGACACGCCUCACGCAGAGCUGCGCCGUCAGCUCACGCAGCUGGGGCUGUGA